AUGUGUAGGAGCCUGAACGGGCAGGUAUUGUGACGUCAUGAAGGGUGAUGAUGGCGAACCGCUUGUAGAAACGCUGGUACCAAUCGUGUUCUUCCUGCUACUUUGUCCUGUUGUGUUGUUGGUGUUGUACAAGAAAGGAUGGCUCUGUUGCGUCACACCAGACAACAUUGAGGAGACUCAGGCUUUGCUGGAGUUGCAGCGCGUGGAGGCGGAUCUGACACAGGGUCUACAGCCUGGCUGGCUGGGACGAUGGGAGAAGAAAGCCAAAAACCUUCAGCUGGGGAAUCUCAUAGGUGCGGGCAUGUUUGGAGAAGUCCGAAAUGCUGAACUACGAAGGACGAGAGGAACAAUUCCCGUCGCCGCCAAGACGGUCCGCGUUGAGGACGCGCAGUCUUACCGAGACUUUUACCGAGAAGCCGCCAUACUCAUAGCCGUGCACGAAGAGAAGGACCACGACGUCCGACGGUCCAACAUUGUCCAACUCUUCGGGGUCAUCACGAAGGCCGACCAGAAGUACAUCAUUCUAGAGUACGCCCCUGGAGGAGAUCGCCUGUGUUUUCUGAGACAGCAGAGAAAACAUGCCACAGCGCACACACAAGUCGCUCUUCUUCCUUACGCAAUGCACAUAGCCCGAGCUCUGCAUGAGCUGCAAAAGCUGCGUAUCGCCCAUCGUGACGUGGCUGCUCGGAACGUCCUGGUCACUCUUGACAACGUCGCCAAGCUGGCCGACUUCGGACUGGCGCGGGACGUCUACGCCACGACUCAGUACGCGUCCACUCCCAGGCAAGGCGAUGGUGUUCUGUUGCCCGUCAAGUGGAUGGCGUUGGAGUCGCUAGAGCUCGGUGAGUACACCUGUCAGAGUGACAUGUGGUCGUUCGGCGUGCUGCUGUGGGAGAUCGCCUCGCUGGGGGACGAACCGCGUUACGAUGACCGGGCACGGCUGACUGCAGCUGGGUCGGUCCUGAUCGGGAUCCUGAGGCGGGGGAUCCGGCUGAAGAAGCCGGCUCGGUGCGAUGACGGCCUGUACGCGGUGAUGAGGUCGUGUUGGCGGGAUGAUCCUGAGGUACGACCGACUCCGGAAAGCCUGGAGGCUGGAACAUCUUCGUCAAAUCCUCGACCCAAAUUUUAUCAUGGAAAUGGAGACUGUUGUCUGAUCUUCCAACCUUGGCAAGUAAAGUAUUUAGAGGCCUAGGAAUCGCAUCUUCUUCUUCUUGUCCUUGUCAUCCUGUCGGACGAUCAGUCCACUGACAGAUGGACUCAGCAAUGUGCAACCAGACCCGCUGCACUUCUGCACAGUCAGAAUAAUACAAUAUUCCACAAUGUUGAGUGGAUAGGAACGCUUUUAAUCAUUACCACUUAAUUUUGCUAUGUAUCGGAGAUCAUGGAA